CCCACUAGGGUUUUUCGGAUCUCGCCUCCUCCUCCUCCUCCUCCCUCCCUCCCUCCCUCCCUCCCGCGCCCACAAGCCGCAGCCGGAAGCCGAGCCCAAGACCUAGUACCAAACAUGGCCUUCGGAGCUCUCGUCGCGUCGAGGCUGGCCAGGUCCGGCCGCACCCUCGCAUCCGCCGUUGCCCAGGGUCCCGUGGCCCAGCGGACAGCGCCUCCUCUGCUCUCCAGGCUUGGAGCAGUAGCUCGUCUUCUCAGCACAAAGCCGGCCGCGGCAGAUGUCAUCGGUAUCGAUCUAGGCACAACGAAUUCCUGCGUCUCCGUCAUGGAAGGAAAGACACCACGGGUGAUUGAAAAUGCGGAAGGCGCAAGGACAACUCCCUCCAUUGUUGCUAAGAAUCAGAAUGGUGACCUGCUGAUCGGUAUCACUGCGAGCCGACAGGCGGUAACCAAUGCCCAGAACACAAUCCGUGGGUCGAAGCGUCUGAUCGGUAGGACUUUUAAUGACCCGCAGACCCAGAAGGAGAUGAAGAUGGUGCCUUACAAGAUUGUCAAGGCACCGAAUGGUGAUGCCUGGGUGGAGAUGGGUGGCCAGCAGUACUCCCCUAGCCAGAUUGGUGCAUUUGUUCUCACUAAGAUGAAGGAAACUGCAGAGGCUUACCUUGGCAAGACAGUCUCUAAGGCUGUUAUUACUGUCCCAGCUUAUUUCAAUGAUGCUCAACGCCAGGCUACCAAGGAUGCUGGUAGGAUUGCUGGACUGGAGGUUAUGAGGAUUAUCAAUGAGCCUACUGCUGCAGCUUUGUCAUAUGGAAUGAACAACAAGGAGGGCCUUAUCGCUGUGUUUGACCUGGGUGGUGGCACAUUUGAUGUGUCAAUCCUUGAGAUAUCAAAUGGAGUUUUUGAGGUCAAGGCAACCAAUGGUGAUACUUUCCUUGGUGGUGAGGACUUUGAUGGUGCACUGCUUGAGUAUCUGGUUAGCGAGUUCAAGAAGUCAGACAACAUUGAUCUGAGCCAGGACAAGUUAGCACUGCAAAGGCUCAGGGAAGCUGCUGAGAAGGCCAAGGUUGAGCUUUCCUCCACCAUGCAGACUGAAAUCAAUCUCCCAUUUAUCACUGCUGAUGCCUCUGGUGCAAAGCACUUCAACAUUACCUUGACCAGAUCGAAGUUUGAGUCUCUUGUGAGCAAUCUCAUUGAGAGGACUCGCAUCCCUUGUGUGAACUGCCUCAAGGAUGCUGGCAUCUCUGCUAAGGAGAUUGAUGAGGUUCUACUGGUUGGUGGUAUGACUAGAGUACCAAAGGUCCAGGAGGUUGUUUCUCAGAUAUUCAACAAGCCACCAAGCAAGGGUGUCAAUCCUGAUGAGGCUGUUGCCAUGGGAGCUGCUAUUCAGGGAGGCAUUUUGAGGGGUGAUGUGAAGGAGCUCCUCUUGCUGGAUGUCACACCUCUCUCCCUUGGUAUUGAGACUCUUGGUGGCAUCUUCACAAGGUUAAUUAACAGGAACACCACAAUUCCAACCAAGAAGAGCCAGGUCUUCUCUACUGCUGCAGAUAACCAGACACAGGUUGGAGUCAAGGUGCUUCAGGGUGAGAGGGAGAUGGCUACAGAUAACAAACUCCUUGGCGAAUUCCAGCUUGAGGGCAUUCCACCAGCUCCAAGGGGCAUGCCCCAGAUUGAGGUUACCUUUGACAUUGAUGCCAAUGGCAUUGUGAAGGUGUCAGCUAGGGACAAAGCCACAGGCAAAGAACAAGAAAUCACCAUCAAGUCUUCUGGGGGUUUGUCAGAGGGUGAAAUUGAGAAGAUGGUGAAGGAGGCUGAACUGCAUGCUCAGAAGGAUCAGGAAAGGAAGUCUCUCAUUGAUCUUAAGAACUCUGCAGAUACCACGAUUUACACCAUUGAGAAGAGUGUCAGCGAGUACAAGGACAAGGUACCUGCUGAAGUCACCAAGGAGAUUGAGUCUGCUGUCUCUGAUCUGAGGGCAGCUAUGGCUGAGGACGAUCUGGAGAAGAUCAAGCAGAAGCUGGAAGCAGCAAACAAGGCUGUGUCAAAGAUUGGGGAGCACAUGCAACAAGGUGGUGGUGGUGGCAGCGCUGGCAGCAGUAGUGGCGGAGACCAGACUCCAGAAGCCGAGUACCAGGACGCCAAGGAAGCCAAGAUGUAGGUUGAACCUGCAUCAAGUCUCUACUUUUGCAUGUACCCAUUUAGGAAGUAAUCUUACCUACCUCCGGCUUCUUAGUUUUCUGUGAGGGGUUAAGAGAAUUGUAAUUUUUGUUGUCAAUUUUUGGGUCACGGAUAAAUUGUGAGGGGAACAAACUCAUAAGUUAAUUGAGCCAUUUACAUAUACUCCA